AGCAUUAUUUUUUGUUUUUCUAUGUUUGAUAUUUCGUCUGCUACCGGGGUAGAGUUUUAGGGUGGAAAUUGUUCGUAGUUUUGUUUUGGCUUCUCAUGGUUUUUACACAUUGUUCAUCAUCGCCCUUGAAGUUAGAAAAAUAAUGAGCUCGGAUCUCGAAUUACCCGAAGAGUUGGUGGAUCGACCGUUAGCGUUGGUCGGUCUGACGGGACUGAAUGUUGAAACGAAUCAGACUCACCUGCUGAUAUGGAACUCUUUCACGUCAUCUAAUCGAAGCGAGAGACCUCCCCUCCAUUUCGUUCUUUUUGGAGUUAAUCAUGCAUUCCCCCUGGCGAAACCUGAUAGAACGUCAUAUGAAUGGUACAUUCCUAAAGGCAUCCUCAAAAGAAAAUGGAUGUCCAAACACCUGAAACAGAUUCCAGGUGUCUUGGUUCUCUUCUAUGAUUUGGAGUGGGACGAUCCUGCAUGGAAAGCUAAACAUGCAGAAUGUGCACAUCUAAUCCAAACAACUCGUAUGAAGCUUAUGGGAAGGGGUAGUAAGCUCUGCCUAGUCCUCUUACAAAAUAGCCCUCCAUUACCUUCCAGUGAAGAUAUUUUGGCAGCAGAUAGAGCUGCAGCUUUGUGCCAAGUGUGUGAAUUACCACCUAAAUCGCUCUUUGUCCUUCCUUGCCGUAGCGAUCAUCUACAGGGAUACACCUUGAGGUUGGAGAGCGCAUUUUACGAACUUUGUCAAAGUAGUUAUCAUUUGUCAUCGAGGGCCGUUCGCUCCCACCGCGACCAAUUGAACCGUACAAAUCACGGCUACUUGUUUGUGAGACAUCAGUUUAAAAUCGGAUUUUACCACGAGCUUAAGCAGGACGUUGCCAUGGCGCACAAGCAUUACAGCCAAUCGUAUGCCCAUUUGCUAGAGCUUCGCAUCACAGAUGCCAAUGUCACUGAAGUGAAGAUUGUCGCUGGAUACAUCGGCUACAAGGUCUGGCGUCUCUCGUUCUUGCUCAAUCUGCCUCGCGAAGCUAUCGCCCAUUUCAGGAGUCACAUGGACUUUUUUCGGCUGCGGAUUGGUAACCCUUUGAGCAAAUUCGAACAUCACGCCUGGCUGGCUGCCCAAUUUUCGACGUUUGGCAGUUUGUUUGACGAUGCGAUUGAGUUAGGACUUCCGGCAAUCCAGACUCAACAUCCUGGCUUCUUCUACCAACAGUCUGCGCAGCAAUCCAUCCUAAGGAAGAAGGCUUGCUACCAAGAUUACGAUGCUCUCGACGAAACUGUCAUUAAUAACUUGACUCCAUUAUCGUUCGGCGAAUCGUCACAAUUGGAAUUCUUCGGUCAAAGACCCUGGCGACCUAGUCGGUUGAGUCUUGAACCAGCUGAUAUGAAAGCUGAGAACGACGGGAUUGCUGCAAUGUUAAUCCGCGAAAGACAUCAAGUUGAUCUCACGGGUAUGAUCGUUGCUGCUCUUACAAAUGCAGUAAAUCAAUUUAAAAAUCACCGAUCUCCUCGGAUGAAGCAGUAUUUAUUGGUACAAAUGGCGGAAGAAUAUUGCCGAUCGGAAAACUUUGCGGAAGCCCUUACGUUGCUCGAACCUUUGCUCUGGGAUUACCGCAAAGAUUUCUGGUGGAUGCCACUGACAUCUUUACUCCAGUUGGGUUUGCGUUGUGCUUUUCUUUCCGGUCGGCCUGCCGAAUACUUCACAUAUGCCGUAGAAUUGUGUUCCCGGGUGACGAUGAAAAGCCAAGAUGAAAAGGGCCAAUUAUUCGAUAAUCUCAUCGGAAUCCUACAAAAGAGGAUACCACCGCCGCCUCCCGACUCUACCGCGGUUUCGUUGGCUACUCAACUAUGGGCUGAUCAAUUUGCAAGUUUGGCCAGCGGCGCCUGCGUAACCACGAUCGUUACCAACACGAUUUCGUCAUUCGUUGAAGUCAAGGCCACUUUUACUCAAAAGCAAUUUGCUGCCGAAGAUGUUGUCGAACUCGAAGUUCACGUUAGUUAUACGGGUCCAAAGGCGAUACAGUUCACCAGUUUACACGUGGCUCUCAACAAUACUGCCUAUUUGCCCUUUUGUCAAGUGAAGGAUCCGGAAGAGUUGGAAUUUGAACCCAAUCAGAUCCGACACUACGAGUUUGAAUUUGCUGCGCAAUCUCAAGACAUUGGUGCGGAACUUCAAAUUGUUUCAGUCACGUUGGAGAUGGGGCAUGACCUUGUGGCUUAUUUGCGAUGCGAAGGAUCUUCCAGUGAAGAAUUUGGGUCAUCACGUUCUGAAUUUCCUUCGGCUACAGAGAAAGGUUUGUCCGGUUUGUUUGUAUUGAACACGGCCGAAAUUCUGCCCCGGACUGCAAACGUUGAGCUUUUGAUCCGACAUGACGCCCCGGCCCUUCGUGGUGAAUGUUAUCCGCUUCACCUUGAAUUGGUCAAUCGGGAAAAAGAAGAUAUUAGCAACGUCACGGUGACUGUGACGACUAGCAGCACUGACGGCCGAGUUCACGACCAGCCUAAAAUCGACGGCAAUUUGUCGGUUCAGUUGAAGAGCGAAGAAAUCGCAACCGGGCAAACAUGCCAAUGGAACGUGUUUACUCAAAUGGAGCAGCCUGGUAAACAUUACGUCACGUUUCAGGUCAAUUACGAAAUAACCAGCGAGGUGUGCAAUAGUAAAUGCACUUACAAGAGUCAGUACGUCAAAACGCUCGAGCUGGAAACGGUCCAACCCGUCGAGUGUGAGGCUCAGUUUCAGACGAUCCAGUUCCAGCCAUUGAGACAGAUCCCCGUAGGAGAGCCUUGUGUCGCUGUGAUGACGGUGACCAACUUGUCGCCAUUUCCUUUACUGCUGGAGCAAGGCGUUUGGAAAUUUGACCCAUUGCUAACCAAUCAACCCAUGCCCAAUAGUCAGCUAUCUGGGUUGACACUUCAAAAAGGAGAAAAAGCCAACGAUGUGGCCGUACUUUCACUUUCGAAUGGGGACAAUCGCCAUAUAAGGACAGGAUCCUACUCUUUGAAAUGGAAAAGGGCGAAUCAAUCAAAAGUGGAAGGAUAUAAAAUUCCUUACUCGGCCAGUUCGUUCGACUUACCCGAAAUGGAAACCUGGAGCAUUCCGUUGCGAAUUCAAGUCAAACUACCUGCUCACGGAUACGUUCGAGAGUCAAUGAACAUGGCUAUCAUCAUUCACAAUCCAGGCACUAGCUACGUUGAACUGGAUGUCUACAUGAGUUCCAAUGACGCUUUCAUGUUUUCUGGAAACAAACAAAUUAAGAUUCAGAUUUAUCCAGAAGAUGAGUACGAACUCAAAUACAACUUGUAUCCGCUGUUGUCCGGUUUUGUGGCUUUGCCUCCACUCCAGUUGAAAACCACGACGUCGGCCAUCGAUCAAGUAGCGGAGAUGGAUCAGACGGUUCUAGAUGAGCUGGUCAGCCGUUACGUCCCUACCCACAUUUAUGUUUUGCCGCAGGCGAAGAAUGGCAACAAGUAACGUGCUACGUUCCGACUAAAAUAAAACUAAAUCGUUUGUUAAUGAAUGAAAUUUCAAAGG